CUCAAGUCUCGUUCAAUGGUUUUCGAUUUUCUUUCUUUCUUUUACGGAAAGAGAAACGGGAAAUGUGAAUGCUUUGAAACCCAUUCAAUUCGGGGUUUCCAAGAUUUUGUUGACUUAAACAACUACUUUAUCUUGAUUCUUGCUGGACCUUGAAUUUGCUUUUACUUAGCCGUUGGCCAAUGAAAAUUCGUUCAAUUUUUUAAUGUUUUUAAUUUCUCUGCACUUUGACCUGAUCUUUUAAUUGCCAUGUUUCAUGUCUUGGAUGUGGGUAUUGUUUUGGCAAUGUACUUUUUCAUCUGUCAGUUUGGGAUAUUGUCACCUAGGAAUUUUGUUUAGAAUUAGAUUGUUCGGUGCAGCCUGCAAUAGACUAUUAAUUUAUUCUUUUUUUUUAGUAUAUUUGUAUUGGUUAAAGAUUACUAUCCUUGCUUAUCUUGGUUGUUCUAGUUGGAGCCUUCAAAUGCUCUGUCAUAGGUUGUUGAUGUUGCAUACUGCUUUGUAUGAUUGAAUGCAGAUGGUAGCAGAGUUGCUCCUUUUUGUACGCCCUAAAUUCUAUUGAUUGAUCAGACACGUUGCCCACGAGCUAUUGUAGUUCAUUUUGCCUUUUGAAAAUCAAAGAUUUGAUUGCAGGGUUGGAGAUCCCUACUUAGGUUUUUCUCAUUUGCUUGGUGUGCAUGAUGGAACAACCUCAGCCAUGUUGCAAGGGAGCUCAAGUGAUGUUGAAUCUCCAACCCACCUCUUCAGUUUCUAUUCAAUAUCAUCCGCUCUUUGGCUCCCAUGAUGAUUUGAUUCUCCUUGAACUUGAUGAGAAACUUCUUCCUGAUGUUCUGUACCAGAGGGUAACCUUAAGAGGACAGACUGAUGAAGAUGCAGUUCUUUGCACUAAGUCAAAAACUUACUCAGUUAAGUUUGUUGGAACUUCAAAUUCUGUGUUACUUGUACCACCUGCAGAUUAUUCAACAUCGUGUAAAAAUUCACGAGAUUGUGAUGGGGAAGACUAUGAACAACAAAUUGGUGCAUCAGUCAUCAAAGUUGCACCGGGUAACAUGGAGCUUGUCGAGGUUGCUCCUAGACUUGACAAGCUCAAAUCGAUUCUCUCAGAGAAUCUUUACAGCUCUGAUGAGGCAUUAGAGAAAGCGGAUUUAGAUUCUAUGGAGAGAAGUAAGAGAAGAUUGUAUACAUGGGAUGAUCUUACUAACAAGGUUCAGGCUAGUGAUGAUGAAUUGAGGACUGGAUUACAAGCUCGUUCAGCUGUGGAGAUUGAUGGGUAUUGGAGAAUUGUGGAUGAGAAAUACAUGGACUUGAUUCUUAGGAUGCUUUUUCACAAUUCUGUGUUGAAUGACUGGUCACUAGACUCACUUAUUGAAGAUAAAGUUGUGAGUGUAUUGGAGUCAGAUGGGUUUCCACGCAAACUUGCCUACCAUUGUUUGUAUGUCUAUGGUGGUAGGGUAGAGGAGGCCAUGGAUAGAGGUGUGUGGAAGAUGGAUGCAAGAAGAGUAUGUGUGCAUUUUGCAAGGGGAAUCUUGAGAGAAGGAAAGAGGAAGAUGGAGAGUUUCAUGGAGGAGUGGAUGCGGAUGAUUCCAGAAGAGAUGCAGGUCAGUUUUGAUAUGUUGGAAGGUGAAGUGUUGACGGAGAAGCUUGGUGUAGAGACAUGGGUUCGUGUCUUCAGUGUUUCUUCAUUGCCUUCUACUCCUGCAGAACGUUUUUCCAUCCUGUUCAAAGAACGACCAAAAUGGGAGUGGAAGGACUUAGAGCCAUACAUCAGGGAUCUAAAUGUACCAGGCCUUUCAUCGGAAGCUUUGCUUCUGAAGUAUACUCGAAGAACUCAACCAAAAGUUGAUGCAGAACCUGUUUUUACAGCUCGAUAGUACACAUACAUACCCACAUUACACUCGAAGAACUCAACCAAUCAUUGAUGCAGAACCUGUUUUUGCUGCUAGAUAGUACAAAUAUGUAUCCUUCGCAUUCUGAGGUGUCAUUAUUGUCCUUGUGAAUUAAGUAAAAUGAAUCAUAGUAUUAGAAAAGUAACUUCUUUAUCAUUAUUGUUGUUUUGAUUAAACACUCCACCAUGAUACUAGAUGCGUGUACCUAACUUCCUCAUUGAGAGAAGUCUAUUCUAUCCUAGCUUUUUAAGGGUAUAAAUUGUAAUUAGUAAUGGAAAUGGCCUUGGCAAAAUUUUAAUAGCUAGUUUUACAUAGUUAGGACUGCAACUGAUGAGAAUCAACGGCAGCUCCUACAGUCCUACUCAUAAAGAGUGUUUGAGUUUAAAAUACGUCAUGAUGCCAGUAUUACGUGGUAAUUUCUUCCUUGCUGGAAAUCAUGAUAUCAAUUUCCUCAAGGUUAAAUUCUAUAACUCGUAAUAUUAGAGUUGGUGCACACAUAACGGGAAAGAAAGGGGAAUUUGGAGGUAAACGUGUAUCCUGUAAUAUUUGAAGGGUUUGGUGAUAGGACAUAAAUUUACCAAAAGAACGAAUGCAGCAGAAGCAGAUGAAUUUAGAUGGGGUUUGGGAGUAUAAGGUAAAUGCAAUGUGAUCUACUUUUCGUGGUUGGUAUCAUUCAUCCUAAUAAUCGCAGUCACAGGCCCUUUCAAUGAUCCAUGGUCUCAAACCAAUGUCUCCGAAAUCAUUCCUACUUUCCAUUGGUUUAUGUUGCUAAUCUGUCAUCCAAAUUGUGCAGUCCCAUUGAGGUGGGUCACCCUUUCCGUCUUAACCGUGUUGAUGAUAGAAAGCUGUCCCCACAAGAGAGCCCUUAGUAGCUAUGGGGACAAAAUUACGGUCGUAUGUUAUGAAUUACAAGCCUUGUAAAUGUAAUCAGAGACUCCGUUUGCCCGCUGUGAGAAAUGAAAUAGUUGACCUGACCGAAACUACCACAGAGCUGCUUUACUUUCAUAUCUUUGUCGUUAGGGUUCUUGCCAAGGAAAAAUCAUUGUGCCUUUCUUUUCAUUUUUCAUUAUUAGUUAAAAGGUG